UAGCGCCACCUAUCAGUCAUGAAGCUGCCCCGGCUGUCGGGUGCCACCAUGAGUGCACUGACGACGAUGGUGCCGUACCUGGGCUCAAACGACGCCAUCUAUGAAGACAGUUCCUCCAAGUAUGGAUUCCGCUUGGAAAAAAUGCACUCUGCGUCCAUUAGCAACACAAACAAGGUCAUUUACAGCACCAUCGCGCCCAUUUUCCCCAUCAACAUGUCGGAAUCUCUUCUGACGAAUGAGACUGAUGGAAUGGUGGUGCAGUGCGGGGAGAACUUUGAGGACAACAUGGAGUGCUUUAUGAUCCUGACUCCUGGCCAGCAACUGGCCAUUGCCAUUUUGGCCCUGACGUUAGGUACGUUCACAGUGUUAGAGAACCUGAUGGUGCUGUGCGUCAUCUUGCAUUCGCAAACUCUACGAUCCCGCCCGUCCUACCACUUCAUAGGAAGCCUGGCCGUGGCGGACCUUAUCGGGAGCAUCAUUUUCGUCUACAGCUUCCUGGACUUCCACGUCCUCCACAGGAAGGACAGCCCCGAGGUUUUUCUCUUCAAGUUGGCUGGCGUCAUCGCCUCCUUCACCGCCUCCGUGGGCAGUCUCUUCCUCACCGCCAUCGACCGCUACAUCUCCAUCCACAGGCCCGUGGCGUACAAGCGCAUCGUGACCAAAACCAAAGCGGUGGUGGCCUUCAGCCUCAUGUGGAGCGUGUCCAUAGUGUUCUCACUGCUGCCCCUGCUGGGCUGGAACUGCAAGCGCCUCAACUCAGUCUGCUCUGAUAUUUUCCCCCUCAUCGACCAGAGGUACUUGAUGUUCUGGAUCGGGAUGACGAGCAUCCUGCUGCUCUUCAUCAUCUACGCCUACAUCUUCAUCUUGUGGAAAUCGCACCACCACGCUGUGCGCAUGCUGAGCCGCACCUCCCAGAGAAGCAUCAUCGUCUACACAGCCGAGGGCACCAGGGUUCAGACAGUGAGACCCGAGCAGGCCCGGAUGGACCUCCGCCUGGCCAAGACCCUCGUGCUUAUCUUGGUGGCCCUCAUAAUCUGCUGGGGGCCACUACUCGCUAUCAUGGUUUACGAUCUCCUGGGAAAAGUAGACGACUUCAUCAAGACCGUGUUCGCCUUCUGCAGCAUGCUGUGCCUGCUCAACUCCACCGUCAACCCCAUCAUCUACGCCAUGAGGAGCAAGGACCUGCGAAGGGCUUUCGCCAACAUCUGCCACCUGUGUCGGCGAAGCACGCCUAUGGAUAACAGCGGGGAGAGCGACUGGAACAGCAGGAGCGUCAGGGCCAAAGAUAGCGGAGGCAGUGGUGCCGACAGCCGAGUCAAAGCGGCCAGAGUUUACAUUUCUGGUGCACCAGAUCCAAUUUCUGGUGCAGAUUCAGUGUGA